AUGGAAGCUUGUCACCCUCCACAGCAAUCCAAUGGCACUUCCUAUGGGGCCAUGGCUUUGGCCAUCAUCACCCUGGAGGUGUUUGCUGGCAUGUGGAUAAAUGCUUUCAUCGUUUGUGUGCUUUGCGUUGCCUGGGUCAAAAAGAAAACCCUGAACUCUAAUGAGAAGAUCUUGCUGCUGCUGGGAUGCUCCAGGAUUUCCUUUUCAUGCUUUGCAUGGCUUUACCACUUCCUGUCAAAAAUUUUUCCCAAUUUGCUUCAUUGUCAAACCAUACUUCAAGUCCUUGCAUCGUUUGGAACAUCUUUUAAUUAUUCCAACUUGUGGAUCUCAGCCUGUCUUUGUGGUUUCUACUGCAUAAAAAUUGCCAAUUUCAGGAACAGCUUCUUCAUCUACCUGAAAGUAAAAAUUGACAGAAUGGUGCCCUGGCUCUUGUUGGGGACAGGGAUUUUUGCCUUGGCUAUAAACAUCAUCACCUAUGUCCUCGGUGAAACUCUGCAGAAGAACAACAUCACUUUGACAGGCCAAGAAAAUUUUUGGGAAGCAACUACCAGGAAGGAUAAACAUCUUUUCCCUUUUCAUUUUCUUUCUGGCCUUGUAUUUGCUGCCCCAUUCAUGGUAGUCACCUUUUCUGCUGUUUCCCUUCUCUUUUCUCUCUGGAGACACAAGCGCACGAUGCAGACCAACUCCAUGAAGGACCUCAGCAUGGAUGCUCACAUCAGAGCCAUGAAAUCUGUCCUCUCCUUCUUAGUGAUGUACAGCAUCAACUUUGUAUUUUUGAUCUUGACAAUAAUUUAUGACACAAACAAGGAUAAUAUCAUGACACUACUUAUAUACAUAUAUUUGCAUGCUUUUCCAUGUGUUCAUUCCCUUAUUCUGAUUUUCAGCAAUCCCAAGCUGGAAAAAGCACUGCUGAAGUUUCUCUCCUGUGUGAAGUGGGAGUUUUUCAUGAAGUAG